GUUUUAUUAUUAUUAUCAGAUAUGAGAAUGAUGUUUCUGUUGUUUAUGUUUCUCCUAGAACUACUGGGUUCAACCUUAUCUCAGAACUCACAGAAUUUGUUCAGUCGUGGAACAUUUCAAACCAUCACAAGAUUUAGAGGGUCUAAUGAACGAGAUUUUAGUAACUUUGUUGAUCUACCGAGCCAGAGACUACAGGCAUCACAGCCCCAGCGCGGUGGUGCCUCUCCACAGGGAAACUCAGAUUGUGCUUUAGAAUUGUCCAACACAUGUAUUACAUACACAGAGAUUAGUGAAGCAUUCGUUACAGCAAGAGACUCAGUAGUGAGGAUUCCCUUGAAGUCCCCGAGAUCAGGGAGUUUCGACAGAGAUGAAGUUCAUAAUCUAGGUGUAGUGAUACAGGAGACAACUAGGAUACUAGCUCAGAGAUACGGACUGGAUAGUAAAGCACUGUUUGAGCGUAUAAGUCUGAUUGAUACAACUAGAACAAGUAUUAACGGAUUCUGUCCCACAGCUCUUCUUAAAAAGGACUGUUCUCUGGCCCGAUACAGAUCGUUGGAUGGAACCUGUAAUAAUUUGGAGAAUCCUCUUUGGGGAUCCUCGAUGAUGGCCUUUAGCAGGUUUCUCCCUUACGCCUACGCAGACGGUAUUGCAGAGCCGAGAAGAUCAGUUUCAGGUCACCCCCUUCCAUCUCCCAGAGAGGUUUCUGCUUUGAUGCAUAGAGAUGAGAACGUUCAUGAACAUUCUAUAAAUAUUCUUCUUAUUGCAUGGGGACAGUUCAUUGAUCACGACAUGACCCUAACUGCUGAAACAGAAAAUAUAAGAUGCUGCUCAGGUCCCAACACCACCCAUCCUAGCUGUAUGCCAAUCCAGAUUUCUGAACGGGAUUCCUUCUACUCGAGGCACAACCAGGGCUGCAUGCAUUUUAUCAGAUCCAGAGCUGGACUCAGACCAGGAUGCAGACUAGGACCUAGAGAACAGUUCAACCUGGUGAGUGCUACUCUGGAUGCAAACACUGUUUAUUCUAACGAAGAAGAAGUUUUGAGAAAACUAAGAACGUAUAGCGGAGGACAGAUGAAAACUCUCCCUGCGUUCUCAGAUCUUGGAUUAAAGGAUCUGCUUCCGCUGAACCUGGAUAAUCCAAACCGUGGUUGUAUCAGACCCAGUAGAGAAUUCUUCUGCUUUCUUACAGGAGAUCAAAGGUCCAGCGAACAGACAGUUCUAGCUCUAAUUCAUCUACUUUUGCUUAGAGAGCAUAACCGUAUUGCUGAAGAACUAUCCCUGAUAAACCCGCACUGGGGAGAUGAAAUUCUCUUUCAGGAGACCAGGCAUAUCAUGGCUGCCCUGGUUCAGCACAUCACACUUCAGGAGUUCCUUCCUCUUGUUCUGGGUAAAGCAGGACUUCAGGAGCAUGGGCUCACUCCUUUCUCACAGGGUUACUAUGACGGCUAUGAUAAAACUAUCAACCCAUCAUCAUCUCAAGUAUUUAUAACAGCAGCUUUUAGAUUCGGACAUUCCCUUCUUCCUUCAACUAUUGAGAGAUGGAGCAGAAGCCAUCAGUAUAUUGGAAAUCAGAAGCUUUCUGAGAUGUUGCAGCAGCCUUAUGAUCUUUUCAAGGCUGGCUGGUCUGAUCAGUAUAUUUUCGGUAUGAUGAAUCAGGUUGCUCAAGCUAUGGAUGAUUCAAUCACAGACCAGGUAACAAACCAUCUGUUUGAGGAGCCAGGAAUGGCGUUUGGGAUGGAUCUAGCGGCCAUUAAUAUGCAGAGAGGAAGAGAACACGGAGUUCCAUCCUACAAUAGGUUCCGUGAAUGGUGUGGUCUGAAGCCAAUCACCACGUGGGGAGACCUGGUCGGAGUUAUGCACAAUGGAACUGCUUACCAGAGAAUAUAUGAGUCUCCUGAGGAUAUUGAUAUCUGGUCUGGAGGUGUGAAUGAGAUCCCUCAGAAGGGAUCUCUUGUUGGUCCAACCUUUGCCUGUAUCAUUGGUAGACAGUUCUUCAACCUCAGAUCUGGAGACAGGUUCUGGUAUGAAAACUCUGGUUGGCCCAGUAGUUUUACAGUUGAACAAUUAGAGGAGAUCAGGAAGAUAUCAUUGGCUAGAAUUAUCUGUGAUAAUACAGACUCUGCUGAAACAGUUCAGCUCCGAGCAAUGCUGCUUCCUGAUCAUAAGUUAAAUCCUCGUCUAUCCUGUCGGUCCGGAGAAAUACCUCGUCUUAACCUGGAACCUUGGAGAGAUGCAGGACGGGUUUAACCUUAUUCUCCUGCUAGUUCGGAGAAAUACCUCCUCUCAACCUGGAACCCUGGAGAGAUGCAGGACGGGUUUAACCUUAUUCUCCUGCUAGUCCGGAGAAAUACCUCGUCUCAACCUGGAACCCUGGAGAGAUGCAGGACGGGUUUAACCUUAUUCUCCUGCUAGUCUGGAGAAAUACCUUGUCUCAACCUGGAACCCUGGAGAGAGGCAGGACGGGUUUAACCUUAUUCUGGUAUUCUCCAUUCUGAAAUCAAUCUGCCUUCUUUUACCAUUUUUUAAUGUCUUCAGUCACAAAAUAGUUUAACAAGUAUGAAAGUUUUUUUUUCAGUAAUUGCUGAUGUUGUCUAAAACUGGUUUUCUCCAUAAUCUUUUACUUUAUAUUAAUAUAAACUCCUGCAAAAUAUAUUCUACUUGCUUUUUAAAUACCCCCCCCCCCCCUUCAAUUCAGUAAUUUUGAAUGUAAAAGCUCUAGUCAAACUUAAACGAAAAUAUAUGGACAAAUGCCAUUUUUAUUUUCAUUUAAUGCUUAGAUAUUUUUGUAUAGUUUAAACCUUUCUUCUCCCGGUGCUAGUCAGCUAAUAUUAUAUCUGUUUAAAAGUAUCUUCUUAAAAGCCUUGUAUUUAUUUCCAACAGACUUUUUCAUUUUUCUUCAACAGAGUCUAAAACUAAAGAACAAAGAGUUACGACUUAAAUGUUAAGUUUCAGCUUAAUUAAAUGCCACUUCCGAUUUAAUUUAAACCUGAAUUUUAACCCUGGGUUCAAAAUCUUACUCGUCGAUUUCAGGGAGUUAAAUUUUAAACUCGAAAAUAUCUGCAUUCAAUUUUGCAAUAUUUCAAAGCAUGAAAAUCUUUUCCCGAAAUCUGGAAAAACAAAUACAUCGUGUAUCUAAUACCAAAUAUAUUUUUUCCUUUUCGCGCUGCAGUUUUAUGAAGAAAUUGAAAUUACGAAACUGCUGAUGUUGCAUAAUCUCUGUCAAUCUGUAAUCUCCGUAAUUCCCGUAAUCUGAUUGGUUCAUAUUUUCCCGGGAAAUUUAAAUUUUCCUUCAGGGUUAAACGGUUAAUAUUUAAGUAGCAACUCAUUAUUCUUCAGAACUUUAAGCUAUAACUUAAAAUUCUUUAGUUUUAGACUCAGGUUAAAAAGUCCGAUCAACAAAUUUAGAUUUUUCUUCUUCCAUUUUUUUUUCUUUAAUAUAGCUUCUACCCUACUUUUAAGCUCAUCAUGAUUAAACACAUUUUCUUGUAAAUGCCAACAGGGAUGCUUUCUAAAACUAUUUAGAAAAAACUGAUACAUGCUGUUAACUUCCUAGUUAUAUGUGUAAAACAGUAUAGUCAUUUCUAAAAAGUCUAUUGUGAAAUAUAGUAGAUGAAAUAAAAUAUCAAAUACG